AUGCCGCGGAAGUACUGGAAGCCGCGGGGAGGCCCUGGAUGUGUGGCGCCCGCGCCGGAGCUUCACUGGAAGGCCCUAAACCCUAACCCCGUCCCUGCGGAGGUCCCCGAGUGCUCCCGCUCCCGCGCCGCCGAGGUGUCCGAUGACGACGCCUUUGUGGACGUCCCCGCCACCGCUGAGGAUGCUGUCGUGGAGGAAGAAAUAGCAACAAAGCUGGUGGGGAUUCACAUGGAGUUGAGUCAGGAGGAGCUGCGCGCUAACCAUCAGAUGCAGGAGGACGAGAUAUUUGCCUUGGAAGCAAUUUUUGGAGACAGCAUCGUCAUUUUAAACAAAAAAGAAGGUCAACGGUCUUUCCAGGUUCAUGUACAUAUUGAGAUACCAGAUGAUGGUAUAGAUGUCUCGGCAAGGCUCAACUAUGGUACUGGAACAUUAAAUUAUGGGGAAACAUGUGAUGGUGAUGCCUCGGAUAAUCUUGUUUACAAGUUUAGGGUUGAGCAUUUGCCUCCAAUCCUGCUAACAUGCUACCUGCCUUCGUCCUACCCGAGUCAUCAACCUCCCUCUUUCACCAUCUCCACCGAAUGGCUGGACACAGUGAAGAUUUCAUCGUUAUGUCAAAUGCUUGAUAUGAUUUGGGAAGAGCAGCAGGGCAUGGAAGUAAUAUAUCAGUGGGUUCAGUGGCUCCAAAACUCUUUACUUUCUCACCUAGGGUUUGCUGAUGAGAUAAUUUUAAGCAAGGGUGAUCUAACCUGUCAUGAAGAUGGUGGGGAUAAGCAUGCUUGUCGAGAUGAUUCUGCACCUGAUGUUAUAAUUACAAGGAUUAUGAGAUAUGAUGAUGAUAAGCGUCAUGAAGCCUUCUUACAUGAUAUUCAUGACUGCAUGAUAUGCUUCAGCGAGUUUCCUGGUGUCGAUUUUGUCACACUUCCAUGCCAUCAUUUCUUUUGCCGGAAAUGCAUCCAAACAUACUGCAAAAUUCAUGUCAAGGAAGGAACUGUAUUGAAGUUGACGUGUCCUGAUACAAAAUGUGAAGGUGUUGUUUCUCCUCAUAUAUUGAAAACACUUCUGGCGGAGGAUGAGUAUGAACGUUGGGAAAAACUGCUUCUUCAGAGAACUCUCGAUGCCAUGAAUGAUUUAGUUUAUUGUCCAAGGUGCGAAACUGCUUGCUUGGAGGAUGAAAGUAACGAUGCGGUUUGUCCGAGUUGUCUAUUCAGCUUCUGCACGCUUUGUACAUCCCACCGUCAUGUGGGGAAACAAUGUAUGACCGCAGAGGAAAAAAAUCGAAAGUUGGAGGAACGGCUAAAAUCUAGGCAGGAACGCGGUGAUCAGAAUUUGACAGAUGAAGUACUCAGCCUCCAGGCAAUUAUGAGGGAUGCAAAACAGUGCCCACGAUGCAAGAUCGCUAUAUAUAAGAUAUCAGGAUGCAAUAAGAUGACAUGUUCGAACUGCGGGCAUUACUUCUGCUACCAAUGUAACUUUGCAAUUGUUGGAUAUGAACACUUCAGACCGGGUGCAUGUGAUCUUUUUUCUCGGGAGGAAAUCCGUAGAUGGGAAGCGCGCAUGAAUCCAGGGAGGGGGCGUGUAGAGGACGCUCCAGCUCCUGCCCCAUUGCCUCAAGGACGAUAUCGUCACCCUUGUCCUACAUGUGGUAAAGGAACUCCAAAGAUUGGAAACAAUAACCACAUCUCCUGUGGGUCAUGCCAGACAGGGUUCUGUGCAUUGUGCCGGAAGACUGUCCACAAAACUUCACAGCAUUUUGGUCCCAGGGGAUGCAAGCAACACACUCCAGAUCGCGACUGACACUGCGAUA